AUGCAGCCCCCGGGCCUCGAGGGGCUCCUGGCAGCCGGCGGCUUCGCAGGCGGCCAGGGCAGGGGGCUGCUGCCGCCCGCCGCGCCCCUCGCCGGCCCUUCGCCUCCUCCCGCGAUGAACCCCGCUUUCCCGGCCGAGGGGCCGGCAGAGCCGCCCAAGCCGUGCCCCCCCGCCGCUCCCCCCCCCGCCCCGUCGGGUCCCGCCGCCUCGGCCCCGCUGCCCUACGGAUACUUCGGCACCGGGUAUUAUUCCUGCCGCCUCGCCCGCAGCGCCCUCAAACCCGGCCCGGCCCAGGGCCCCUUCCCCGCCGAGAAAUUCCUGGAGCCUCCCGCGGGCAGCGAGGAUUUCCAGAGCCGCCCCGCCGAGUUCGCCUUCUACCCCGGCUACGGGGCCCCCUACCAGCCCGUGGCCGGCUACCUGGACGUGUCGGUGGUCCCGGGGGAGCCCCGGCAUGAGCCGCUGCUGCCCGUGGACGGUUACCAUCAGCCGUGGGCUCUGGGCGGCGGCUGGAGCGGGCAGAUGUGCUGCCCCAAGGAGCAGGGGCAGGCCGGGUACCUCCUGAAAUCCGCCUUCGCAGACUCCCCCGGGCAGCUGCCCCCGGACGGCUGCUCCUUCCGCAGGGGCCGCAAGAAGAGGGUCCCCUACAGCAAAGGGCAGCUGAAGGAGCUGGAGAAGGAGUACGCCAGCAGCAAGUUCAUCACCCGCGACAAGAGGAGGAAGAUCUCCGCCGCCACAAACCUCACGGAGCGGCAGAUCACCAUCUGGUUCCAGAACAGGCGAGUGAAGGAGAAAAAAGUCGUCGCCAAAAUCAAAAGCAACAGCAGCACCCCGUGA